GUAACCAUAAGCCACAAGCCCACGCGUCAGGAAUUUCAGCGUUGACGCUCAUUAAGCCUGCCGCACACGAGAGCUAUCUGCUCAGCAAAAAUUACUCGUGCCUGUUAGCUCAGCUGAUAGCUCACCGAUCAAACAUGUUUGAUACGUGAGAAAAGGUUGCAUGAGGCAAAAAACUCAGUAAAAUGUACCCGCACACGGUGAGCUAUCGGCUGAGCUAACAGGCACGAGUAACUUUUUGCUCAGCAGAUAGCUCUCGUGUGCGGCAGGCUUUAUCAAAGUUUUGCCACGGUACUGCUCAAUAUUUUUUUAUUCAAAGUUUUUAAACGCCGUCAUUAUAAUAUCUUCUUGAGACUAAGAUUUCUUAUGGAUUUGGAAAAUACGUUUAUAAGAGACUCAAUUUGUUUGAGAGGUGGCUAAAUUUCCUAGGAAAUAUAUCCACUUGAAUGACCAAAUUUCGUACGAAAUAUAUUCAGCUGGGGGGGGGGGGGCUUCGGAGAGAGAAGGAAUUCCAGGUGUACCGACGUAAAUUCAUUAACAAUACACCUUGAUGCGGUCAAACAUUCGAAAUUCAUCAUGAGUGUUUUGUGUGUCUUUAUUACGUUAUUUUCUCGAUUUUUCCUUGUGGUUUCAACCGAGGAUGUGCUUUGUCCACGUGGAGCUCCGUCUGGGUGUAGAUGCGGUACGACCCUGGGUGAAACGAGCAUCGAAUGUAAAAACAAAUAUACUAUUAAUGACAUACCGUCAUGGAUACCGCACAACAUAAAUCAACUGGAGUUUGAAAAUUGUGAUAUUCGGAUUCUAAAUCUGGACUCUUUCAAGAAUCUGGCGAAUCUAACUGGUAUAAAAAUAAUUAAGCAAAAUAGUGGUCUUACUUUUAACGAUAGUUUGGUUUUUCAAGGCUUGAAUCGUCUGUCUUUAAUCGAUUUUGAUGACGCUCAUAUUACUUCGCUCCCAGCUGGCUUGUUUGCCAAUCUCCCACGAUUGGCUUUGGUUCGGCUUAACAAAAACCGCGUUGGAACUUUGCCUGAUGAUUUGUUUGAAAACUCAACAAACGUGGAAUAUUUUCAGAUGGCGAACACACAAUUACAUCGAGAUAUCAUUGCUAAGAUAGGCGAAGGACAUUUCGGUAAAAAUAUUAAGAGUUUGUUGCUCAGUGGCAACUACGUUCAACUUCUGAAGGAUGGCUUAUUCAAUGGCCUACCAAAACUGGAGAAGUUAGCAAUGAAUGAUUGUAAGAUAAACUAUAUCGGACAAGAUAUAUUGAAUGGAACUCAAGUUACUCACGUGAACCUUGAUGGAAAUCCAAUCCUUUCCAUUUAUGAGAAUGCUUUCCGUGAUUCCAAAGUGAGCACAUUUGAAUGUAAUGGAUGUCAACUCACAUCUCGUGUUACAUUUAAUGGAUUUCUGAAGAAAAUGCCUCUGCGUGUGAUCCGGCUACGGAAUAACAGUCUCACUCAUGUUCCAGAAAAUGCUUUUCGUGGACUGACAAAACUGUUUCUAAUUGACCUAUCGAAUAACUCAAUUGCAACAAUCGAAGAAAAUCCGUAUGCCAACCUACCAAAUUGCUACGAUUCCAUCUGCAUACAGCUUCGUAACAACCCACUCAACUGUGACUGCAACCUGGCGUGGUUUCGAACCUUUGCCAAUGACAUUAAAGGUGACAGAACAUUGUGGAAAUGUGCUCGACCGCGGAGCGUGAAUGGAAAAAGCUUGGUAUCAAUCAAAAUCGACGAGUUUUGUUGUGAAAAUGCAAACUCUACAAAGAAGUGUGGUUCUGUCCCGGAUCCUAACAAUGGAUGGGUUGUUUCCGUUCAUAUGAUGGUAGCUAUCUUAAUAAAUAUUAAUAAUUUAAUAAAAAUACCGAUUUGUAACCUAUUAGGUUAAAUUACAUCAGUAAAAAGUCUCAUUAUACUACAAUAGAAUAUCUAGAUGCAUAAAAUUAUUCAUAACUUCAGUUGAAAAAGUUAUAGAGUUCAAAUUUAAAAAUAUUAAAAAUAUUAAAAUUAUGGUCUAUUCAUAUGUGAAACCAUCUGUGGAAAAAACGAUUUCAUAAAUCUGUCCGUUUUACAACUAUAGUUAUUAUAAUCGCUUCCAUAACGUGCAUUAUAGUUGUGUUCAAGUUUAGGCGGUAAGAGGUCACCCAAUUUGUCUCCAUGUGCAUUUUUAACAAAAAAACGUUCGCAUAUUAAUCGCCGCCGAUCUUUCAGUAAGGGUAUACCAGUAAUACUGCAAGCUUCUCUAUAAGUAGCGAAUGGCAAGACAAUACGCAGAGCCCACUUCUGGAGUUUUUCGAUAUCUUCACUUAGGUAUUCUGUAAUAUUGAAGUGCCAAACUUGGCAGGCAUAUUCGAGUACUGGUCUGAUAAUGGUGCAGUAUACCAAAAUUAGAAUGCUAUUGUCGGCAUUUGAUCGUUUUAACAACCUUAGCAUAUAAAGGCGUUUCCCCGCUUUUUUAAGAAUAUGGUUCACAUGCUCGUUCCAUUUCAAAUCAUCUUGGAUUGAGAGACCAAGAAUUCGGGCAGAUUUUACCCGUUCAAUACCAACGUUAUUUAUAGUUAACGGUAAAAACUCAUGUUUUUCUCUUGCAAAGUCAAUUACCAUUUCCUUACAUUUGCCGAUGUUGAGCUUCAUAUUAUUAACUUCACACCAAUUAUAGAUAACAUUCACUAGAUCUUGUAGUUCACUACUCUCAGUUGAUGUAACUCGUUCAGCAAAACGUACUGUCAUCAACAUACUUCCAUCUAUCGCUCCAAUCAAUAAGAAGAUCAUUUAUCAUAACAAGGAACAAAGCCGGCCCUAACACCGACCCUUGCGGCACUCCACCGUUUAACGUUUGCCAGUCCGAAUGACAGUUAGCCAACUUGACUCGUUGUUUACGAUCAGAGAGAAAACUUCUAAUCCAAUUUAUAAUGGUUUGGGAAACACUCAUUUGUUGUAGCUUAUUCACCAGUAUGCUGUGAUCUAUUCGAUCAAAAGCUUUUUCAAAAUCAAGCAAGAAUACUCUCACCGCAUUGCUUGAAGCAUCUGUAGCACUCAGGAGGUGAUGGAUCAGGCUCAGUAGGGCAUGGGUAGCCGAGGAAUUUUUAACGGAGCCAAACUGCCGCGUAUCAAUCUUUGCACCAAUUGACUUAAGUAACCAGUCUGUAACAAACCGUUCGCAAAUUUUGGAUAAAGUGGGGGUAAGUGAGAUAGGGCGCAAAUCUUUAGAAAUGUCUUUAGGAACUGAUUUUUUUGGAACAGGGAUAACGUUCGCUUUUUUCCACAUUGAGGGUACAACUGCUUCUUGAAUCGAAGCGUUGAAAAUCGAUGCCACAGGGGAAGAAAGAACGUAUGCAUAAGAUUUAAGCACCCAAUUAGGUAUUCCAUCAGGACCAGGUGAUUUGGAAACGGGGAUGGCGGACAAUUUACAGUAUACAUCUUUUUCUUCGAUAAUAAACUGUGGAAGGAUACUUGUACUGCCAUUUUCAAUUAGGUCAUCAACUGGAGACUUAUUCAAGGGAGGAAUAUCUUGGGUAGAUGAGACAAAAACAUCAUUGAUUUUAUCUGCUAACUCUUUACCAGCAAAAACCUGGUUGUUUACAACGAAAUUAGAGAAUGUUUUGUUCUUGGCGCCGCAAGCUGUUUUAUACAUUGCCACCAUUUUUUAGCAUUGGGGUUUAGUUUUAACUCAUCCAUCUUUUUCUUAAGGAAGGUUGACUUGAGUCUCUUACUUUCUCUAUUGGCAAGAUUUCUCAAUCUACGAUAUAGCAAACUUUUGCCCUGACGGAACGCUCUUUGUCUAUUUUCUAUAAUUUUCUUAAAUUCGACUGUAACCCAUGGUUUAUCAUGAUCGUGCAACUUUACAAUUUUACUAGGGAAAAAACAGUCCAAACCAGUAUUUAUAACUGUUUGAAAAAAAUCUAACUUUUGUUCACAUGAUUCAGCGCGGUACAAGUUGUUCCAGUUUAUAAUUGCUACCUUGUCUAGUUUUCACUUUUGAGGUACCACAUUUAGCUGUAUUUUUAUUAAAGGACCACAGUACGGAGUUAUGGUCACUUUGGCCAACAGGGGGUAAUAACACCCGAGAGUUACAACAGGAAGACAUAUUUGUCAAAAUUAAGUCCAAUGUGGAAUUUCCUCUUGUGGGUUCUUUAACUAUCUGUUUCAAAGUAAAAUGACGUAGUAAGGAGGAAAUUGGGCAUUUAUUAAAGUCUCCAAUGAGAAAAAUACCAGCGUUGGGGUACAAUACAAGAGCAGCGUCAAGUUUAGAUGUUAGGUGAUUGAUUAAGGCACAGUUAUCAUUGGAGGGAGGGUGAUAGACCACACAGAUAAUCAGGCAGGAAAAGCCACGGAAAAGUUUAUUUGGUCUCAGGUAAAGCCAAAGUGAUUCAAAAUUGUCUUCAUGCAAAUCUGUUAAGAUUUUAAAAGGAAUCUGGUCUUUAAUAUAAGCACAAACGCCACCCCCAAUUCUUGAAAUUCUAUCACGCCGAACUAAGGAAAAGCCACUAAUUUCAACGGCACCGUCAUCAAUAUUUUCAUUUAGCCAUGUCUCAGUUAUAAAGGCCAACCCAACCUCAUUCAUAUGCAAAAUAGUUUUCAGUUCAUCAAUCUUAGGUAAAAGUGAUCGAGAGUUCGCUUGAAAGAAAGUUAAUAACUUUCGCGGAAGGCGAAGGGAAACGGAGGUUGGACAGGGAUUUCCAUUAAGGUUUUCGGGCAAUGUUGAAAAAACCGAGCAAACUGGGAGUAACUUUGAGGACUUCGGUUGACACUCAUUCCGUGUAUUCUUAAAUGUGGGACCAUAGGAGGACGAUGGUAAGGAUGGUAAGAGAAAAAUGGUGGGUUGGGAUGGUUAUUAACAGGCCGUGAUGCCGUUCUGUUAUGAUUGGUACUGUAGGAAAAAUCACACCCGCUACCCUUUAAGCAAUAACCUCGAUUUUGCAAAAAAGGACAGGGCACGAAAUGUUUUUGUUCACCACGUGGAUGUUUAAAAUCGCAACGCCUUCCCUUUGCACACCACCCUCGACGCUUAAGAAAUGGGCAGGGUAUAGUGCCUUUUCCAGUAUUAUUAUCUUCUUUUUCGGGUUGUGAUUUUAGGGGCUUCGAGGUUCUAUUCACUAAUGUACCAGUAUCUUUUUUCUGUUUACUCGGUACUAGUAUUUGCUUUGAAGGCGACUCAUUAAUAUUCCCUAGGUCAAUGUCAUUAGUAUUCGGGUCAUUGGGUUGUUGACUCAGGUUACUAAGGUCGAUAUUACUAGUAUUCACCUCAGUGGCUUGUUGUCUAACAUGUAAUGGGAUUUGAUUUUGUUCCUGAGGUGUGCGUGUUCCAACAACGUUAAAGCUCGAAUUCGAUAAUGAGCCCAGUUCGCUACAUACCUUUUGUAUAAAUUGUUAAAGCGAUCACAUAAUAGAAAUAAACUAAUCAGAGUAAUAUGUGAAUCACAAGGCAGGAUUCAUUAACGAAGAAUAGGAUAGGUGAAAUAGAGCAUUGGUAGAAGAGAUAUAUGUAAUUUAAAACAAGUAUGAUGCAAUGAGGGAUGUAGAAGUACUGUCAAUGACUGCUGAUGUCGUGCGUAGAAUAGAAUAAAGCUAGGUAUACAGUAAGCAAAACUAUCGUUAAUAUUAUAACGCCCUCUCGGUCUAUACUGUGGAACAGCGGUUUAACAAUUAACGAAAGUUACGAUCUAGAUCGAUCUAGCGCUUUCCGCUAGGCGGGAAAAACGUUUUUGACGAUUGUCUUUUAUACUCUACAAUAAUAUACUAGCGAUUCCCAGCAGCCUUUCGCGCUCGUAUUCGACUUUUCCGCUUUGCUCGGGGACAACCUUAAUUGAAAUAGCUGUAUACAUUAUUGUGUCUAUUUUCUCUUUUAUAUUAGCACACAAGCCCCGUUAGUCGUACUGUCGUCUUAUAUCGAGAUUUUGUUAUAUUUAGUAGUUUUAAAUGUAUGUAUUUUAUAGUUUUACUAUCGACGUGCUGACUUUUGGUGUCCUUGUUGCGCACAGUUACAGCGCCCUCUUUAAAUAAAAAGCUGCGACCGCUACAGUCAAAGACUAAAUUGCACAAAACCUGUGUUUCUUGAGUAAACAUAAUCCAAAAUAUAUGCAAACAAAUUUGUGUGAUCAUGAGUCGCUCUCUCCCAAACGUCAGGGUCGCCCUGGAAAAGGAAAAACAUUUCGCAUUGAGUUAGUACAUUUGAAAUAAUAAUACAUUCUUCUCUCGACCCCGAUAAAAUUAAACAAGGCAUUACAGCUAUCACAGCCGCUGUAGCCUGCGUGUCAGGCUCUAUGCUUGAAAUAAAGCCUGCUACUGAAGUUAAUAAAAAGUGGAUUUAUGCGUACGAAUCGUACGCAAAAUUCCCAUUGGUCAGAAAUAAAUAGCCUUGGCUGAUAAGGUAAUAUCAAGUUGUUCUUUACAUAAUAUGAUAUUCCAUACUGGUAAUUGUACUUUUGUCCGCAUUAAUUACUGCCUUUGCUGUCUAUAAAAGACAGUCAAUAACCGUUAUUAUUAUUUAGUAUGUAAUUCCUGGCCGUUUAAUGAAAAUUGGAAUAUUUAUUUUCGAGAUAUUGGCGGAAAAAUCGACCGUUAAUUAUUGUCAUAUUUUAAAUUAGCUUUGAUAAUCUAAUUAGCAAUCGCCGUUUUGAUUGGUUGUUAUUUUCGUGCAUCCAAAUGACUGUCCACUUUUCAUCGAAUUCAGUAGCAGGCUCUAUUUCAAGUAUACAGCCUGACACCCAGGCUACAGCCGCUGUAGAUAGUGUUAUUUUGAGUUUUAAUGAUGAAUGGAUUUCCCUAUUGCAAGAUCCUAUGCAAAUUCAACACGCCAGUUAUCGACAAUAAAAUUUAAUUGAGACCUGGGAAAAGGUUUACCAGUUGGCCUGGGACCGACUGCGACAAAUCGAAAACGUAGAAGUUGAGUCACUAAUAUUCCAGAAAACCAAAAUAUCACAAAGGUCACAAGCAUCUCGUAAAUCAUCAACCAGUUUGGCUUCCUAUGAGGAAAAUCUUGUCGAAAUGCAAGCGAAAAAAGCUGCACUACAAGGGAAGUCGAAAUUUGCUGUUAAGAUUGCGGAACAACAGCAGAAGUUGAAAAUUGAACAAGAUCCGAAGCAAUUUAUGCCCAAGAAGCUAUAUACCAGAAUGCAAUUGCUGAAGAAGUUAAUGCUGCAACAAAUUAUUUUAACCCUCAUCUAUCCAGCGCCAGUCAUGGUAAUCUUGACACCCAUGAUGAUAAUAACAAGGAGACAACAGAGAAGAAUGGAGUAACACCUUCCUGCUUGAACUCAGAAACCAUGCCACCAACCCAACGAAAUGUCAGUGAGAGAAUCAAGCCAAUCGACAGCAAUAUUAGCCCCCUGUGCUUCGAAAGGUUUCGCCAGAAACCCACAAAUGUUUAUCCCUUACAGGACACAAGAACAAGGUAACUCAGUCGAGUUGUGCGAAGCUUUCAUCAAAAUGAGCCAACUGCUACGACUUCCUCAGGCAAAACCAAGCAUCUUCAAAGGAGACGAAGAGGACAAAACAAAAUUUUUCCUAUGGCAAACUGUAUUUGAUGCCUUGAUCGGAUCAGCACCAGUUACACCAGGACAGAAGUUACAUCUCCUAUACCAGUAUUUAGAUGGUAGAGCGAAGAGUACAGUUGAGCAACUCCAGUAUAUGGUUCGAGAUCCAGACACAGCGUACCAACGAGCACGAAGCAUUCUUAAAGAUCGGUUUGGUAAUAAUGCAAUUCGUGGAGCACAUUUUGAGAGGAGAUUAAGUGCUUGGCCAAAGAUAAGCCCAAGCGACAAAGAAGAAUUCAGCGAUUAUCUACAACAGGUACAUAUCGCAUCAGAGAUCAAUUCCCCUCGCAAAUCCAAUUAUUGUUGCCUGGUUGGUUCAAAGCUAAAUGGUCAGAAAAAAUAAUAAAGCUCCAGAGAGAGAAAGGAAAGGAUGCCUUCCCUUCUUUCAAUGAUUUUGCUGAAACCAUGAAGUAUCAUGCAGAAAGAAUGAAGAUUCCAGAAAUCCUCCGUUCAGGUAGCUUAAGAUAACCAACAAAACCAUUUACACGUCGUCCUGGUGGCCGUAACUGAGGGAUCGUCAACUUGACGUGAUGAAAAUGAUGAAGAGCAGGCACAAGAAAACGAAAACCAAAGGUCGACCUACUGUUUCUACCACAAAUACGCAACUAACGAAUGUGAACAGCUUCGAAGGCUAAGUUUUAACGAGCGCAAGAAUUUUUUAAUGAAGAGUAGGCUGUGCGUAGAGUUCAAUUGCGUAAACUCAAACCAGCACAUCGUCAGAAGCUGUAAGGAAGGUAAACAAACCUGCAAGAUUUGCCAAAACAUGCAACGCAUCCAACGGAACACGAACCCUCUCCAGGAACCGAGCAAACAAUUAAUGCAUGUGCAAAAAUAUCUCGCCCAAACCGGACAUCACGUUCCUGCGCCAAAAUAGUACUCCUCCGAGUAUUUCAAGAGUCCCAACAUACGCCGUUUUGGACGAUCAAUCGACCGAUGUCUUCCUUACGGAUUCGCUCCUCAGUCAGUUGCAAGCAAAAGGACAGGAUGUCAACUUGAAAAUCAACACUAUUUGGGGACAAAUUCAGUCCGUACUAAGAAGGUAAAUGGUUUACGCGUUCAAGAUGCCGAGGGUCGUCAUCAUCCCAUAAAGAUUCCUCAUGCCUAUUCGCGAGAGAAUGUCCCAGCAAGCCAGCUCGACAUCGCAGGUCGGAAUGUGCCAUAUGCAUUUCAACCCCUACGCAUGAUCAAUGGCAACGAGGAAGAGCCAUGGGCUGAAGAAUACAAGUUUGGAUGGACGGUUAUCGGCUGUGCCGGAAAAGACGGUGAAUAUACCCAAGAUCGUGCCGCAGUGAACCGAGUCACAGUAACUGUGGAAGAACCUGAAACAUUCCUCAGCAUUCCAUCGAGUAACAGCAACGUAGACAGAUCGAUCGCCUUUUUUGCUACUAAUUGCCAUAAGAAAGAUGCCACCAGCCCGGAGCAACUCGAGGAAACGACGCAACUGGACUACACGGAGCUGCACUAUAGUCGCACAGUUCGCGAAACCGAAGAAGUCGAAUCAAUCGAAUCCCCAUUAGUCGUAAGUAACGUCAUUGUGUUCAUAUAUUUGUAA